AUGUUUCGUAUAUCAAUAAAGAGCCGAUGUAGGUUUGUUCAACAUAUCAGAGCCUCGAGUAAAUUUUCCACGAAGCUUGAACGGAGAGAAAUACCGCAAUCGUUACUGCGGAGACAAGAACUUAGACUCAAAGAUGGUAAUAAUCUUGCGGAAAGCCCUGAUCUGAUGAAAUCCUUAGAGGAUGUCUUUAAAAUAUUCAAUCCCAACCAUGCUACUGAUGAGGACGAUGAUAUCCUCAGGGCGUCACACGAUGCUAUUGUCAACAGGUUUGUCCAUUCGAAGCAAAUGACGAGUCUGUUGAAGAAUAAGUUUGGUUUCAAUGAGGGCACCAAGCUGCUCGAUCUGCAAGCAUUGACCAAAAAUUUCAACACGCUCAGCCAGCUGGAACACGACUGUGUGAUGACACUGGCAUUCCCGUCUCAAAAUACGGACCAAACAACUGAGAGCUGGAAUGAAUUGCCCCCACAUGUGAAACAGUUACAAUUUUACAUUGCGUAUGGUCCGUAUGGCCCACGACAGCGUAUUCCAUUCAAUGAGAACAUGUUGGCCGUAAAAAAUGUGCCUCCCAGAAAGGGUGAUCCAGUGACCAAAUUCACAUUGUACUUAUGUGCAUUGAUAUCAGCGAUAGCCCUCUGGAAGGACAAACUCUCCCCACAAAAGGAGAAGGCUAUUCCACCUGCUAUCAAUAAUUAA